AAUUCCUCCCGGCUCCUUCUGCCCUUUGGGCAUUGCAUUUCUGGACGCUCUUAGAUGGUGGGUGCUGGAACUUGGCUGUCUGGUUUCAUCAGGGACCCUACCCAAAAGAGGAAGCAGCAAGAACAUUUGCUUUGUUUGCAGGAAACUGAUCGAGCUACAAGCAAAUUUUAGACAUCUGAGGAAUUGUGAAGCUUCUCGACUUCAUAUGGUUGCUGACAGGGUGGGGCAGACAAGAACCUUCUUACUUUCCUCACCAUGGAUAAUCUGUUGCCUCAGUCUCGAUUCUCUUAUUUCAAAAAAUAUCCUCUCCAUGCAAUUAGGAAAUAUCUAUCGAUGCUGAGAAACCAAAAAGCUGAAGAACAGGUUGCACGUUUUCAAAAAAUUCCUAAUGGUGAAAAUGAGACAAUGAUUCCUGUAUUGACAUCAAAAAAAGCAAGUGAAUUACCAGUCAGUGAAGUUGCAAGCAUUCUCCAAGCUGAUCUUCAGAAUGGUCUAAACAAAUGUGAAGUAAGUCAUAGGCGAGCCUUCCAUGGCUGGAAUGAGUUUGAUAUCAGUGAAGAUGAGCCACUAUGGAAGAAGUAUAUUUCUCAGUUUAAAAAUCCCCUUAUUAUGCUGCUUCUGGCUUCUGCAGUCAUCAGUGUUUUAAUGCAUCAGUUUGAUGAUGCUGUCAGUAUCACUGUGGCAAUACUUAUCGUUGUCACGGUUGCCUUUGUUCAGGAAUAUCGUUCAGAAAAAUCUCUUGAAGAACUGAGUAAGCUUAUGCCGCCAGAAUGCCAUUGUGUACGUGAAGGAAAAUUGGAACAUACACUUGCUCGAGACUUGGUUCCAGGUGAUACAGUUUGCCUUUCUGUUGGGGACAGAGUUCCUGCUGAUUUACGCUUGUUUGAGGCUGUGGAUCUUUCCAUUGAUGAGUCCAGCUUAACAGGAGAGACAACACCUUGUUCUAAAGUGACUGCUCCUCAGCCGGCUGCAACUAAUGGAGAUCUUGCAUCAAGAAGUAACAUUGCCUUCAUGGGAACACUGGUCAGAUGUGGCAAAGCAAAGGGUAUUGUCAUUGGAACAGGAGAAAAUUCUGAAUUUGGAGAGGUUUUUAAAAUGAUGCAAGCAGAAGAAGCACCAAAAACCCCUCUGCAGAAGAGCAUGGACCUUUUAGGAAAACAACUUUCCUUUUAUUCCUUUGGUAUAAUAGGUAUCAUCAUGUUGGUUGGCUGGUUACUAGGAAAAGAUAUCCUGGAAAUGUUUACUAUUAGUGUAAGUUUGGCUGUGGCAGCAAUUCCCGAGGGUCUUCCCAUUGUGGUCACAGUGACUCUAGCCCUUGGUGUUAUGAGAAUGGUGAAGAAGAGGGCCAUUGUGAAAAAACUGCCUAUUGUUGAAACUCUGGGCUGUUGUAAUGUGAUUUGUUCGGAUAAAACUGGAACACUGACAAAGAAUGAAAUGACUGUUACUCACAUAUUUACUUCGGAUGGUCUGCAUGCUGAGGUUACUGGUGUUGGCUACAAUCCAUUUGGGGAAGUGAUUGUUGAUGGUGAUGUUGUUCAUGGAUUCUAUAACCCAGCUGUUAGCAGAAUUGUUGAGGCGGGCUGUGUAUGCAAUGAUGCUGUAAUUAGAAACAACACUCUAAUGGGGAAGCCAACGGAAGGAGCCUUAAUUGCUCUGGCAAUGAAGAUGGGUCUGGACGGACUUCAACAGGACUAUAUCAGAAAAGCUGAAUAUCCUUUUAGCUCUGAGCAAAAGUGGAUGGCUGUUAAGUGUGUACACCGAACUCAGCAGGAUGGACCAGAGAUUUGUUUUAUGAAGGGUGCUUAUGAACAAGUGAUUAAGUAUUGUACUACAUACUACAGCAAAGGGCAAACUGUGACACUUACCCAGCAGCAGAGAGAUCUCUACCAACAAGAGAAGGCACGAAUGGGCUCUGCAGGACUCCGAGUUCUUGCUUUAGCUUCUGGUCCUGAACUGGGACAGCUGACAUUUCUUGGCCUGGUGGGAAUCAUUGAUCCUCCUAGAACUGGUGUGAAAGAAGCUGUUACAACACUCAUUGCCUCAGGAGUAUCCAUAAAAAUGAUUACUGGAGACUCACAGGAGACUGCCAUUGCAAUCGCUAGUCGUCUGGGAUUGUAUUCCAAAACUUCCCAGUCAGUCUCAGGAGAAGAAAUAGAUGCAAUGGAUGUCCAGCAGCUUUCACAAAUAGUUCCAAAGGUUGCGGUAUUUUACAGAGCUAGUCCAAGGCACAAGAUGAAAAUUAUUAAGUCUCUACAAAAGAAUGGGUCGGUUGUAGCCAUGACGGGAGAUGGAGUCAAUGAUGCAGUAGCUCUGAAGGCUGCAGACAUUGGAGUUGCAAUGGGUCAGACUGGCACAGAUGUUUGCAAAGAGGCAGCAGACAUGAUCCUUGUGGAUGAUGAUUUCCAAACCAUAAUGUCUGCAAUUGAAGAGGGUAAAGGGAUUUAUAAUAACAUUAAAAAUUUUGUUAGAUUCCAACUGAGCACGAGUAUAGCAGCAUUAACUUUAAUCUCAUUGGCUACAUUAAUGAACUUUCCUAAUCCUCUCAAUGCCAUGCAGAUUUUAUGGAUCAAUAUAAUUAUGGAUGGACCUCCAGCUCAGAGCCUUGGAGUAGAGCCGGUGGAUAAAGAUGUCAUUCGUAAGCCUCCACGCAACUGGAAGGACAGCAUUUUGACCAAAAACCUGAUACUUAAAAUACUUGUUUCAUCAAUAAUCAUUGUUUGUGGGACUUUGUUUGUCUUCUGGCGGGAGCUACGAGACAACGUGAUAACACCUCGAGACACGACAAUGACCUUCACCUGCUUUGUGUUUUUCGAUAUGUUCAAUGCACUAAGUUCUAGAUCCCAGACCAAAUCUGUAUUUGAGAUUGGACUCUGCAGUAAUAAAAUGUUUUGCUACGCAGUUCUUGGAUCCAUCAUGGGACAAUUAUUAGUUAUUUAUUUUCCUCCACUUCAGAAAGUUUUUCAGACCGAGAGCCUAAGUAUACUGGAUUUGCUGUUUCUUGUGGGUCUCACCUCCUCAGUGUGCAUAGUAGCGGAAAUUAUAAAGAAGGUUGAGAGGAGCAGGGAAAAGAUCCAGAAGCAUGUUAGUUCGACAUCGUCGUCUUUUCUUGAACCAUCUGAACUAGUUUCCCGUGGUGCUUACCGAGUUAGGUCUGGUUCCGGGAGAGGAGUGGACAGCAGCUGAUUGAGAUACAUCCCCAUCUGCAGACAGCACUGCCACUGACAGAAGAUGUGAGCUGUGUCUAAGUCCAGUCUCGUGCCCGGCCGUGUCUGCUCCUUCACUCUCUGGAACUCUUCAUACAACAUCCUAGCACCAACCUCCCGCAGCUCUUCCUUAUCUAGACAAAGAAACAACCCAAGGGCAGUAUUUCCAAAAACACUGUAUAGCUUGUAAUUUUCUCUAUAUAUAGAACUUUGAAUUCCAUAAAGAAAAAAAAUUAGUUUAAAUAACCAAAAUGCUUUUCUCUUCUGGCUCUUUACUAUUUUAACAUCAGUGUAAAAGCCUUGCUGUAUAAAUUGAAAUAUUUAUACUGAAAUGCCUUUUUAAUGACGACCUAACUAUUCAACCCCAAAUUAUUUAUUUUUUUUCCUUUAAAAUAACAUCUCUUCCACUGGUUUACUACCUAACCUUAAACACCUCUGCAUCUGAACUCUCCAAACCCUAAAUCUGUCUCUCUGAAAAAUACAAAUUACUAUUAAACGUAAUUCUCUUCAGUGUUCUUGUUCACUAAAUUUCCUUCCAUGGAGGCCUGCCUCUAUGCUACAGUGCUCUUAACACAGCCUCUGUGUUCAAAGCACACUAACUUCUGCUUUGUGGGAGGAAAACAAAAGCAUGACUCAAGGAGAAUAUGGUCAGUCAUCUACAUCACACAGUAGAGGAUAAGAGGCAAGAAGCAACAACCCUAGGCAAGGAAGAGUGCUCUGUGUGUUCAACUGUAAGCUUCUGCAAAUUUGCUUGUGUGGGGGGCGUGCAAAAUGACACUGGACCAACUUGAAAGUAAUAAAAAGGAGGCCCACCUUUUACCAAUUAGCGAGCAGCAAGGCACUGAGCCUGCCUGGGUGCAGGGUCCACAAUUCCUAAAAGAAAAGAAACAGACCCUUGACGUGCCCCUUCUGCUGGACUCAGGUAAAAACUUCACAGGCUUGUGCCCUGAGAAUGUUCUUAAAUGACAGAAAACCAACAGUGGGCCUUAACUUGUUUUGCAUUAAGUUGGCUGUCCUAAAACAACAACAGUCUCUUCUGACAACAACUCUCACACUUGGGAGUCCUGGAAUCUAGACUGAUUCAUUCUCAUUUAACUUAUUUUUAAAAGUAAACUCCAGUGUAGCACUGUCCACCAGAACUUUCAGCAACGAUGAACUGUUCUGGAUCUGUGCUGUCGAAUUCAGCCUGUAGCCAUAUGUGGCUACUGAGCACUUAAAUGUGCCUGGUUGUCAAGGAGAAGCUGGUUUUAAUUUAAAUAGCCACAUGUGACUAGUGGCCAUUAGAUUAGAUAUUAGCACUGUUCUGGAGUGUGAUAAUGAUUAUACAUGUUUAAAUAAAGUGUUAACAGCAUUCAUAAUCUUUUAAAGGUAGUAAUUCCACUGGAGAAUUGAAGUGCUUCAAUGCAUUCUCACUUAGUUCACCUGAUACUUAAAUGCAGUUGAAACUGCCUUAAAGUGUAUUUCUGUAAUAGAAAAGUUACUGUUUCUAGCAUCACUAACACACUAAUUGAAACUUACAGUGGAGAAGAAAUAAUAAAACAGCAUAAGCAUGAAUGUUUAUUAUGACUGUAGGUAUUCAGAAGUUUCACCGACCAGACUAUUUUAAAUCUGUUUCUAGUGAUGAUGUUGCCGCUGUAUUGAUAGGGCCAGGUUACACGGAAGACAGAAUGUAACUGGCACAUUAUACAUUCUGACUUCAGAGAUUAAAGCAUUAGGUGCCACAGAGCAGGUGGGAUUCUGCAGUAUCAGCACAUCCUAACUGCUGGGCUGUUGUCAAGCUGUGUAGCACAGAGCCUGGCACAUACAAGUGCUCAGAAACAUCUGCCAAUGAAUGGAUGAUACUUUAGUCCCUCUAUUCCUAAGUUUUGGAUAUAACUGAUGUGAGGGAAUAAUCCAAGAAUAUUUUUUCGCUUGUUUAAACUUGUAUUACAUGCAAGUAACAUGCAAAUAUUUACUCCUGGAAUUUCCAGAUACCUACCAGGGCUGGUUAUUAUGGCAUGCAAGGGCCCCAUCAGCAUCCCUAGCAGUAAGGCCUGGAGGUGAUGCAGCUUUGCCUUGGACUCUGUGUGCUGCAGCCAGUAGCAACUGACACAAAUGGGCAGCUUCAGUGAAGAAGGAAUUGGUUCCAGGAUGGUCUGUUUCACCUUCAGGGUGUCUAACAGAAGUAUCUGCCGUUUGGCCAAGGAGAGCUGAAAAUACAUACCAAACAUCCUGCAAGUUACUUUGGGGAAUGUCUUUAUUGUUUUUCUAGUAUGAAAACACUUUAAUGCAAAUGUAUUGCUCUGUCAGUUUCUUAUCUUCCUGGGGAAAGAAAUCAGCCACCGGGUGCUUAAUAAAUAUGGUUGUAUGGA